CAUAAGUCAGAACACAACACUUGUAUUUUAUGACACAGAAAACACUUUGAAAAUCAACACAAUUCUAUUUGAAUUGGGAAAUGUCGCUUCUGUGGUUUUGUGUGCUGCUGUUUUUGCACAGUGUAGCAACAAAUAAUUUUGUUGAUGAGAAUCGAUUGUUUAUACCGCCAGAAGAUAAUAAUUUAAUGAAUUGUGAUGGCAAUUUCGAAUAUCUCGGCGCACGCAUAGCUUGCCCCUCGCUGAUGAAUAUCUACAAUCUUCGUGAUAGGGAAUACAGGGAAAUCAAGAAACUUUUGCUCUUUGGCCACAAUGGAUUGCGCAAUCGGCUGGCCAUCAAGCUGGAUGCCUGCGACAUGCUGGAAAUGUCCUGGGACAAUAAUCUGGCCGAGCUGGCUAGACGCCAUCACAAAUACUGCCAGCGCCUAAUAGACUGUGACAUUGUAGCCAAUCUGUCAGGAAAAGGACUAGAUCCACGAGUAUAUAGGAAAGUUGUCAGAGGCCAACACAUCGAUGUGGCACGAAGUAGCUUUUUUCUGAAGAACAUUUAUUCCACAAACUUCAUACCGUUCGUCUUGAGCAGCUGGUACGAGACGCAUAUUGAACUAAAGUUCCCCCAAAAGGUUGAACACAAGAAACAAAAGUAUUAUAGGAUUCUUGGUGAUAAUAGUUUUACGCGCAUGAUUAAGCCGCAAACCUAUCAACUGGGCUGCUCCUAUGCCAUGUUCAUCGAUGGUCUCAGCCUGAUUUGCUAUUACUAUCCACAUGUUCAUAGCAACAAUACGAUCUUAAUCCGAAUAAAGCCCAAGGAAUAUCAAUGUCCACACAUGUUUCCGAUGUUGGACUCGGUUUUCAAAAGAAUCUGCAAAUAUGUGGAGUGGAAACUCUAAGGAGCUCCACUUAUCCAAUUAAGCACGUGUUAAGCACUUGAAAAGCCUUUUGCUUAAGCAGCAGUUUGACAAAUUUGGGUAUAUCAGUUGAAGAAGAGACAUGGCCUGAUUACAUACCAAGCAUUUCGGGGCACAGCCCAACUGCCACACACCUCAGCCGGCUGGGCAGAGUUACAUGACCCUUAUCAUAUCUGGCCCGAAUAACCACAUCCCAGAGCGCACACUUUCGCCUCAAAGCAAAUACUAAAAGCCGGGUACGCCACAAGAAUGUUCGACUAGCAAAUGCCCUCUAGAAAAUGCACUUAAACGAACAUAUUUGAUAUUUACAUUGUUUGAAAUAACAUUUUGUUUUCAACAGCUGAAUUGAAUAAUGAGUAAAAUGAGGAGUUAACUUGGAUAAUUGA